UCCUCCCGGCCCCGCCUGUUGAUGUUUCACUUCGUUUUAAUUCCCGGCUCGCAAGAUGGAGGCGGCGCUGGGACGUCGGGGGCUGCUGCCGCUGUCGCUGUCGCUGCUGCUGCCGCCUCUGGCCGCCGCGCUGCUGGGCCCGGCCGCGCCGCUGGGACAGGAAGCAAUCAGAGUUGGUGUUACGAUGCUGAACAGCAGUGGAGAAUUUCACAAAGGACAGGUUCUUUUUAAUAUCACCUAUGUUAAUGGACAGGUAUAUCUAAAUGAUUUUCCUAUGAAAAGUGGAGUUGCCCACAUAACGUGUCAAACAAUAAUAKUGGAGAACAGAAGCGUGGAGAACUUACCGGAUCAGCAGCGCCUGGCAACUGUCCGUGUUCGCAUCAUGGUUCAUGAGUGGCCUUUGGCAUCCACUUCUGAUUUGCAGCUGAUUGUCAUUCAGGAAGAAGUGACAGAAAUUGAUGGAAAACAGGUUCAGCAGGAAGAAGUAACAGAAAUAGAUAUUUUARUAAAGGACCUGAGAGUACUUAGACAUUCCAACUACACCGUCCCUUUGAAAGAGAGCAUGCUGUAUUCCAUGCCAAGGGACAACGAYGUGYUAUUYACACUGCCCAAYCUCUCAGGAAAAGAUAUUCAAGAUCCACUGCAAACUACCAGUCAGUACCUCAUCCAGCAAGUAGAAACUACAGUAGAUGAAGARACAUUACCUGGAAAAUUACCGGAGACCCCUCUUAGGGUAGAACCUCCAUCUUCAUACAAGGUGAUGUGCCAGUGGGUGGAAGACUUGAGGAAAGGGUUGUGCAGAUUCUGGUUUCAGUCUUUACCAAUCUUGUUUAGUUUCAUGGAAGUUGUUGUUGUUGGAGUUGUUGGAGCAGCUCUUAUUAUCAAAGUCUUAAAAGUGAUUCUCCCUUCCUGUGAAAAAAAAGGCAUUCUUCUCCUGGAUCAAGUCAGCUUUGUACCUGUGACUACCCUCAGCCUGCCUUCAGAACUUUCAGAGAGGAAAAAUAAUUUAGAUGAGAAAGCAUGUACUUAAUACUGUAUUUACUUUGGAGUUACUGUUUUUUAAAAACACACUUUUAGUUGAUCUGAUAUUUGGCACCUGUUCUGAAUACCUUGUUUGUUUCCUACUAAGAAAACCAAGUCAGUUGAUUGAUUGAUAAAGGGCCACUCAGGGCAAGGGCCAAAGCUGACUUCCUUGUGCCUCUCCAUAAACAAGCAGCCUUUUCAGAAGCUUCAAAAUAGAACAGCUGCCUUUUCAGAAGCUUCAAAAUUGAGCAGCUUUCCACCCUGAAGGCUACCAUUGGUUUUAACUUCUGUGAAGUCACUUUCCAUGCCUCAGACAGGAUGCUGGCUGCCUUCAUGCCCAGAGAUAAACCAAGUCAUCUGUCCUGCAAGAUGAUGAAAUUCAGGGUGUCCUUAAAUCCACAGAUAGCGUUCUUCAGAAAAAGAUGAGGAAAUAUUGCAAACAUCAGCUGUGCCUGCAAACCUAAGCAAAGAUGCCCCACCUGGUUCCAGGUCUCAUAGGGUCGAAUGUAUCUUGCAAGGAAGAUACCACUACCAARCAUUUGUAUUAGGCAUAAAAAUUGACAUUUUAUGUAUGCAAAAUAAAAAUUUAAAAGGCAGAUUUAUAUUUCAAGCACUUUACAUUUUUAUGGUCCCCUCGAUUCAUAAAAAUUGUUAGCAGUUGUAACCAGCUUGCUUUUUGUAUCUGUGACAGCAGUCAUCUAUGAAGACCCAAAAUUAAAAUUAUCUUAAAUUCUACAGAAAUAAUGGCUUACUAUUGCUGAGUAGGCCCAGUCUGCUCAUGCCGGUUUGUACUGUUAACAUUUUUCAAAUAAACAUUUAAAUUGUUUAUUAGACUGUGUUCACGUGUUCAU